GAAUUCAACAUCCAACAUCCAGACCCGGACUUUUUCCAACUACGCACGACUUCUCGAUCACGACCACAUACACACCAAGUCACAGUAGGUUGAACGCUUAAAACGUUUAUUGAUUAAUUACUAACAUAAUUCAAGAUGGGUCGUCUUCAGGAAUACCAGGUCAUUGGGCGCCAUCUGCCCAGCGAGGCCAACCCUACCCCCAAGCUGUACCGCAUGCGAAUUUUCGCUCCCAAUGAGGUCGUGGCCAAGUCCCGCUUCUGGUACUUCCUGACCAAGUUGAAGAAGGUCAAGAAGGCCAACGGUGAGAUCGUCACCUUGAACAAGAUCGCCGAGAAGAACCCCCUCCGCGUCAAGAACUUCGGCAUCUGGAUCCGAUAUGACUCCCGAUCUGGUACCCACAACAUGUACAAGGAGUACCGAGAGAUGUCCCGAACGGGUGCCGUCGAGGUUAUGUACCAGGACAUGGCUGCCCGCCACCGCGCCCGCUUCCGGUCGAUUCACAUCCUCCGCGUCGUCGAGCUUCAGAAGAGCGAGGAUGUCAAGCGCCCCUACAUCAAGCAACUUAUUACCAAGAACCUCACCUUCCCUCUCCCCCACCGUGUACCCAAGAUCAACAACAAGAAGGUGUUCAGCGCCACCCGACCUUCCACAUUUGCAUAAAGGGUUUUUUCGUGUUGCUGUCGGAGGGAUUAAGGGAAUCGGGUUUGCCGGUGUUCAUUACGGAAUUGCGGAAAACUUCUUCAUUAGCAUGUGUGUGCUCGGUAGAUAAAGCACUAAAUGCAUACGACCAAUGAGCAAAUA